AUUUUCAGCAGCUCCUCGUCAGUGGGCGGGGCUUAGCGGGUCACGUGACCUGACUGUUGAGGCAGCGAUGGAGAGAAGCUAAGGAAGGGAUCUGCGCUGGCAGUGGACUCCUCUCUUCCCAGAUUGCUUGUGGAAUGGCAGCAGUUUGGCAGCAGGUUCUGGCAGUGGACGCAAGGUACAAUGCUUACCGCACGCCUACGUUCCCCCAGUUCCGAACUCAGUACAUCCGCCGACGCAGCCAGCUGCUCAGGGAGAACGCCAAGUGUGGCUUUGAGCCAGGGCUGCGCAGGCAGUACCUGAGGCUGCGCAGUCAGCUGCUGGCCCUGCGCUACGGGCCCCUGUCCGAGCAGAGCAGCUUCAGGGCCAGCAGUGUGCGCAGCUCCCGCACCACACUGGACCGCAUGGAGGACUUUGAGGAGGACCCCCGCUCUCAAGGGGCCCGAGGUCACCGCCGGUCCGUCAGCAGAGGCUCCUACCAAAUACAGGCCCAGAUGAACCGAGCCGUGUACGACGAGAGGCCCCCGGGCAGCCUGGUGCCGACCUCGGUGGCGGAGGCCAGCCGGGCGAUGGCAGGAGACACGACUCUGAGUGAAAACUACGCCUUCGCCGGCAUGCACCACAUCUUCGACCAACAUGUAGACUCUGCUGUUCCCCGCCUGCAGUUCGCCAACGACGAUAAGCACCUGCUGGCCUGCUGCUCUCUGGACGGGACGCUGUCCAUCAUGACGCUGUCCCCGUCCCCCCCCAGCGUGAAGGUGACCCUAAAAGGUCACGCCGGUCCCGUCACGGACUUCGCCUGGUCCCUGAGCAACGACAUCAUCGUGUCCACUUCUCUGGACGGGACGCUGCGGAUCUGGAACACCGGGGAUGGGCGGUGCAUCCGAGAGGUCCGAGACCCCGAGUCCAGCGAGCUGCUCUGCUGCACCUUCCAGCCCAUGAACAACAACCUGACCGUGGUGGGGAACAGCAAGCAUCACCUGCAGGUGGUGAACAUCUCCACGGGGAAGAAGGUGAAGGGGGGUUGCAGCAAGCUGACGGGCCGGGUGCUCUCUCUCUCCUUCGACGCUCCGGGGAGGAUCCUGUGGGCGGGAGACGACCGAGGGAGCAUCUUCUCCUUCCUCUUCGACAUGGCCACAGGGAAGCUGACCAAAGCCAAGCGUCUGGUGGUGAGCGAGGGCAGCUCCAUCUGCAGCAUCUCUGCUCGCUCCUGGAUCAGCCGCGAGGCCAGAGACCCCUCGCUGCUCAUCAACGCCUGCGUCAACAAGCUGCUGCUCUACAGGGUUGUGGAUAACGACGGCACGCUGCAGCUGAAGAGGAGCUUCCCGAUCCAGCACGGCUCGCAGCACGUCCACAGCAUCUUCUGCCCCCUCAUGUCCUUCAGACAGGGGGCCUGUGUGGUGACCGGCAGCGAGGACGCCUGCGUCUACUUUUUCGACGUGGAGCGAAACACGAAGGCGAUCGUGAACAAGCUGCAGGGGCACGGCGGUCCGGUGCUCGACGUCAGCUUCAACUGCGACGAGAGUCUGCUGGCGUCCGCCGACUCCACCGGCAUGGUGAUCAUCUGGAGGCGCGAGCAGAAGUGACCUAACCCUCCUCCAAUGAAUGAUUAAAAAAAAACUAUUCUUCCAUCCACUGCGUACAGAACGACCUGCCGCUGCUCACCCGUCCGAUAACAAGUGUGUAGAUUUUCACUGGAAGAUGGAAUAUAGAGUGGUGCUGGGAUGCAGUUACCAUCUCCCUGGUUCCUUAUCAAAACCAAUGGGAUUAUUCCAUUUCAUUCUGGAAUAUUGCAAAAUAAGCUCUGUGGCUAACAUGUAGAAUAUUCCUACAAAACUGACGUGAUUUCUAGGAAUAUUCUUCACAUAUCAACGCCCCCUUAUGAUUUUUGAAGCUUAAAUGCAAACGUAAAACGCUAACGUAAAGCUAUAGAGGAACUUCACGUCACCACCUCUAAGCUAAAGGUGGCUAAUGUUGAGCGUGAUGACGUUUAGUCGUCUCAUUUAGACACUUUAGACUCUGUUUUUCAAGAUGAAUUGAAGCUUCAGAAUUUAGCAGUGGGUUAUUAAACAAAAGCAUGUUAAAAAAAACAUUGAUUUCCAGACGAGGGAACAAGUGGUAAAAUGCUGACUCAUUUCUUGUGUUAGCAACCUCCGUUUUUUUCAUUCAGCAGUGCGUUAUUUACUAACGGAUUUUAUGUCGUAGAGCUUGUUUCAACCACAGACCUUAUUUCAAGCUUCUAAAACCGAAAAGACAUUCGAAAGAAACUGCUGACUUCACCACGUGCUAACCUUGUGCUAAAUGCUAACUCAUUCCCUGGUUUAGGCCUCAUUCCUGCACCGCUCUAUUAAUCGAUUAAUGUAACGACAAGUGCAAUCAGAUAAACACCGUGCUGUGUAGGUGGUUGUAUAAAUUCAAGGGAUUGGGUAACGUGUGUGUGUGUGUCUGUGUGUGUGUGUGUGUGUGUGUGUGUCAGUCCUCCUACUCCUGCAGCUUUUCGAUGCAGAAAGAAAGACUCCCAUGCAUGUGUCAUGGCUAACCUCUGACUUGAGGGAUGUGACUGAAUUCCUGUGCAGAGGAUGCAUUGUUAUCUUCCGGAUAAAGAACAACCCCGUCUCACUCUGACAUAGAUCUAGAUCACUCUUUAUGUAACUGUUACUCCGGCAGUGUAAUCAAGUGUAGUGAAAAACACCUUGUUUGCUUCCUGCAAAUGCCUGUUUGCAUUCGAGACCUUGUGCAUGACUCUGCAAAUCCAAUUGAUCUCCUCCCACAAGACGAAGUGUGUUUCUAAGUAUGUGUUUGUACUUAUCUUUACGUGUGUUUGUGUAUUCAGUUAAUGCAGAUUAAUAUAAUUUAUUUAAUGCACAUACAGAAUAAACUACUCUAACUGUCA